GCUGUUGUCUGUCUGGUGGUGAUUCUCUAUAUCCUGAGGAAGAAGUCCAGGAGGUACUCGUUUGACCUGCAGCAUCCAGGAUAUGACCACGACACCCCUCUCACCUGCAUGGAACAAUCCGGAACCUUCGAACCCAACAACGAUCAGGAGAUCUGGGAGUCUGAGAGAGAGGGUGGUGCUGAGACUCCCCAUGCUAUGAGCCCUGUAGCUAACGGCUCAGCUAUGGGGGCUGGAGAGACUGGGUCUACAGGGGAGAACGCAGAAGGAGAGAAGCAGGCUCAUGGUGAUAGUGAUGGAGACAGCUUCAACAACUUCUGUACCAGUGAUGUCACGCUGACUCCGCCCAUAAGAAGGGUGGGCUUUAGCCUGGACCUCGACUUGAGUGACAAGGUGUUACUCGGCUCCAGCCCUGACCUUUGACCCUGUAUGUUCAGAUAGCGUCUUCACUGAGAUCAAGACGUAAAUAGCACCUUUAUUUGAUCUAUAAAAUGUCAGAAUGUAAAAAGCUCCAAAUAAGUGUUUUACUGUCCUUCUGUAAGUUCUUGAUUAUCUAUUUUUAAAAUGUUUAAAUUGUAAUAGUUUCUUUGUUAUUAAUUUUAAUAAUGUUUUGAGCGUGACAACACCAAGAGAGAGAUGCCAUGUCACGUGGUUU